AUAAAGACACCUUCCUCUUUUCUUUCCUGUUUCAUUCCCAUAUUUCUUUUCCAUUCCCCUUCUGUCUUAACAUCUCUUACUUAGACUACUGUUUACCAUCUAUCCACACAUCUUGUCCAUGUCUACUUCCCCUUCUUGUUCAUGUGUUACCUACCUCAUACAUCUUGUUAUUACUCUAUUAUCUUCACUUUUUUGGAUCUUUCUCUUCUCCCCCUUUUGUAUUUCUUCGUCAUUGGCCCAUGCCACAUCUUAUCCCUUGUAUACAUGCCUGUCUAUCUGCCUGUACAUUCGAUACCCAUCCCUCCAUCCAUGCAUGUCUGCAUUAUGGUUGAUUUUGAUUUCAAAUUAGAGUCUGGUCUUCUUUUUGCCUUUGAUUCUGGAUCUCGAUGUUGAUCUCAUCCAUUUAUGUCCAUGAUUCAAUUUAAUUACUUUACAUACAUACAUACAUACAUUUUCUGCUCUGUCUGAUUUCAAUUCCUUCGACUGUCUCUAC